AUGAAGACCAAGAAGGCUGAAAAGACCACCUGGCAAAUCAACAGGCAGAUGGAUGUGGAGAACCUGGAUGUUACUCCGCUCCAUGAUGUUGAUGACCAUGAAGACAUCAUGUUUGAUAACAGGAUGGUGGUGAGCAAGCACUCUGCUUGCGUAAAAACAAAACUGCCUGUCAUGCAGCAGGAUGUUCUGAGUCCUCUCUUGAACAUAGGGACUCCAAGCAGAAAUCAGGGCCUUCACAUGAAAGCCAAUGUUAGAGCCAGCCUGAACCUGGCUCUAAUGCCAGACAUCAUGAAAAUCCUGACUAAGAGAACUUCUCAUGUACAUGGGGAGCGGCAUACCAAAGUCCGUGGACUUACUAUACUAUGGGUUUUAUGCAAGCUCAUAUCCAAAGAUCAUCACACAGAAUUGGCACCGGGUAUUGACCUCAAGGAAAAUAUCUUGUUUGUUUACAAGGAUCUGAUGGGCAAGAAAGGUUUAUAUAAGGCCAGAAACAUACAGACACUGAUAGAUGACAUGUGGUUUGCAAACCGGAAUGAUAAAGGGGCUCUGUACCAUGAGUACUUCAACCCCAUCUCUUUGGAGAUAGUGGCUCUGAUUCUCACUAAUCAGCGGCUCAUUUUUGCAUACUAG